AUGUCGUCCACGUCGUCGGCCCUCCCUGGCCGUCAAUCCCACGCUCGGACGAGCUCGCACUCGCUGCUCACAGGCGCUCUCAACGCCAACCAUAGAGUGACUCGACGCAAGUCCGUCACGAACCCGAAUGCGAAUGUUGCCGCGAUCGCCGCUGCUCUUCGGGAGAGUGAGCGUUCAAACGCCCUACCCAUCAACAGCGGCCGCCGAAUGUCAAAGAGCGCUGCUGCUCGUGCUGCCAUCGCCGGUAGCCUUCCCUCCCCGCCUGCUAGCCUCCCGAACCACAAGUCGAUACCCGAGACGAAGCAAGAACUCAAUGGUAGCGCCAUUGAUGAUGAGAUGAACGACGGCUCGGCCGACGAGGGAACUGCCAAGUUCCAAAAGGCUCGUCAACGCCGUGCAAGCGACGGCCAGACUCUCAAGGAGGGCAAGAAGAGCAAUAGGGUUGAGGUUCGCUGUGACAAGUGCGGUAAAGGCUACAAGCAUAGCAGCUGCUUGACUAAGCACUUGUGGGAACACACACCUGAGUGGGCAUUGACUUCCAAGUUGCUCAUUUCAAAGCAUCAACAAGUCCAGCUACUUGAAGCUGCUUCGGUUCUUGUAACCAUGAACGGUAUCGAAGGCAACGCUUCCACUCCUCCCGAGUCUACCAAGGACUUCCAGAGUGAGGCCGGGUCAUCGUCACCUGCUGCCUCUAGAUACUCUGACCCCGAGGAGCGACAGAGCUCUGCCGACACUACACCACCUCCGCUUACUGAAGGUGUCAGCGUCAACGGCACCUCUUAUCGCAACAAGCGCUACGGCAGCAACGGGUACGCGAGGAGCUACCAGUCGGCUGCUUCUUUUGGGGCUGGUAGUGUGCCGUUCGGCUCAGGCUUUGGCCACUACCGUCAACCGAGCAAUGAUCACCGUCCAAGCUCUUCCGGUCGAAAUGCCACAGGAGAGGCCGAUCGAGAUCUGGCCGCUGCAGUUGAGCUCCUGAGUUGCAGCUUUGGCAGCAACAACGGAUCCCGUCCUGCCAUGACUCCUGCGGAUGCGCCUCCUGUCCCCCCGCUGCCUGCUCAGUACCUGGAUCAAGCAACUUCGCUAUCGACAGCGAGCUUCAUCAACAGCUUCCCACGUCGACAGCCCGAGAGUUUUACUCGUGGUGACAUGAGACGUCCCAGUGUAGACGUCCGAAUGGAUGGUAGCGGCGAUUCGGUUAUGGACGAUGACGAUUUCGAGAUGCGUUCGCGCGGUCGUAGCGAGGAUGAUGACGAUGGUGUUUUUGGUCGCAUGGAGGAAUGA